GAAGUUGUUGGCUGCGCACGCGCAAUGCAGCAGUGACAGCUAGCAGAAAAAUAUCAAAGAUAGCCAACUGUUAGCUGAAGAAAGCAGCCGUUUGCACUCAAAAUACACGUUGAAAUGUUUCGGAGAAAACUGACAGCUCUAGAUUAUCACAAUCCCGAUGGAUUUGACUGCAAAGAUGAGACCCAGUUUAGGAACUGCAUUGUGUGGCUGGAGGACCAGAAGAUUCGACACUACAAGAUCGAGGACAGAGGAAACCUGAGGAAUAUCCCCAGCUCAGACUGGCCCAAAGCCUACCAGAAGUACCUGCAGGAUGUCAACUGUCCAUUUGGAGUUCAGGAGAGGCAGGAGGCUGUAGACUGGUUACUGGGUCUGGCUGUACGCUAUGAAUAUGGAGACAAUGUGGAGAAGUAUAAGAACUGCCAGCCACUGGCAGCCUCCGGUAACAGUGACAAAACAGCUGACCCUCUGGUCAACCUCGACAGUAAUUCACCAGAUUUCAAAGCAGGAGUGAUGGCUCUGGCCAACAUCCUCAAAAUACAACGCCAUGACGACUACCUGGUCAUGCUAAAGGCCAUUCGUAUUCUGAUCCAAGAGAGACUUUCUCCAGACGCCAUCUCUAAAGCCAGCCAAAACAGAGAGGGAGUUCCAGUAGCUUUAGACAAACACAUCUUGGGUUUCGACACUGGAGAUGCGACUCUGAAUGAAGCGGCUCAGAUCCUGCGCCUGCUGCACAUCGAGGAGCUGAGGGAGCUCCAGACCAAGAUCAACGAGGCCAUCGUAGCUGUUCAGGCCAUCAUCGCUGACCCCAAGACAGACCACAGGCUGGGCAAGGUCGGCAGAUGAGAGCGAGGGUGGAGAAGGACACUGGAGGAGGGGAGGGACUGAACCACAGGAGUUUGAAUUUGAUUGAUUUUUGGGAAGAAAAAAGCCUUUUUUGUUUGUUUGAGAUGAACAGAAUGAGUUUGUAUUUUUCUCUGUUGCAUGAGUCACGGAUCAGAUUGGGAAUUGGGAGCAAAUAUAAGCCAAUGCUUGUCAGAUGCUGUCUUUCAUUUUUGUACAGCAACAAGGAUAAGUUGACACAGUUAGUAUUGAAGUCCUCACAUCCACGAAGAUGUUAAAUCGUUAAUCUUUUCAGAGACUGAGGUUGAACCUUCUGAUCAUCCCCUGGCUGCUGUCAUCUCUCCCUCAAUAGAAACCACAGAGAAGCUGAAAUAUUCAAACUGACAGGUUAUAUUUGUAGCUUUUGUUUCUGGAGAAAACAUGUUUUUUGCAGAUGGUAGAAAAGGUUAUUUUGAGGUGGUUUUCACUGAGGCUGUGUGGAAAAACCUAUAAAUAUAGCUGAGCAGA